AGGUGAGCCACUCACGCGCGCUGCUAGCAGACCACACACUGUUCAGUCUCGUUGUCCAAGACACCAAGGACAAUUAUUCGCUUUUUAUGUGCUGGAAUAUAACUUUUAAUAUCAAAUUAAAACACAAAAACUAACUCGGCUGUCAUUCUGUUUCACUAAAAUGACGUUACUGGGUGAAUUUGCGAAAUUAUUCGCAGUUUUUCUGGCCAUUUUUAGCUUUUCUUUUCAAGGUGCUUCCUGCCAGCUGGUGGUUACUCCUGCUGAUCCUUCUCUGGUGAAUGCUUUAGCUGGCAGUAAUGUCACUCUGGCUGUGUCCUUCAGCGGGGCCGAUGACCCAACUGUUACCUGGCUCAUGGGAGACUUACCUGUCGUCACAUGGAUUAUUGCCACUGGUCUCCCCCCAGACAUACCAGAAAACAGAAGGAAGGUGCUGAAUAUUGAGAAAAAUGGAUCCCUUACCUUUGUCAAUGUGACACUUGAAUAUACCAGUAACUACACCAUUGAAUUGACAAAAUCUGGGCUGGGCAAAUCCAGGACUACUUUCACUCUGGAAGUAUUUGAACGCAUCCAGAAUGUUAUUCUGAGUGCACAGCCUGAUGUUGCCAUAGAGGGAGCUGAACGGUUCACUCUGCAGUACAGCAUGCUGCAGGGAGUGGUCCAGCAACAGAUGUGGUUCUUCAAUGACAUAGAAAUAAAAUCCAACUCGCGAUACACAGUGGAAGAGAGAAGCCUUGUGAUCCUCGGGCCAAACCGGCUCGACAGUGGAUCAUACACGGUGUUACUCACGAACCCAUUCAGCAGUGUGACAACUCGCAUAAACGUCACCGUGCUGUAUGGACCAGAAAAGCCGGUACUGGAGGCUCUUCCAGCUCAGCCUUUCUAUUUAUCAGGAGAUACACUGAAUGUUUCCUGCAGAGCUGAAGGGGUCCCACUGCCGACAGCCAAGUGGCUCUUCGGUACUCAGAUUCCUGAUCAAUUCAAAGGAGUCUUAAAUCUAACAAAUGUACAGUCCAAUCAAGCAGGCAAUUAUACCUGCACGCUGGUCAACGAGCAAACUAAAGAAGAGCUUCAGAGGAGCAUCAUUUUAAAAGUUUAUGAGAGACCGUCAGGCAUCCCGAUGUGCUCUGUGCAGGCGGUGAAUAACGUCAGUCUUCAGUACUCCUGUAUGUGGUCAGGGGGAACCCCAAAGGCUGUGCUUUCUUUCCCUACACUGAGCGACACCAGCAGCAGAGUGGAGAACUUCAGCCUGAUCUUCAACGCCUCAGAUAACCUCAACGGGAAAAAUGUUGCCUGCAUGGCAGACCACCCAGUUGAACAGAAUCAGUGCAGCAUCACAGCAAAUAAUCCGAUGAUGUUCCGUCCUACUGUGAGAACCAAAGUUUCCUCUGAUGGAAAGAUAGUGGUCACCAUCGAGUGUGUGAGCAAGGCCUCGCCUGAAGCUGUGGUGUCAUGGUCCCAAGGCAACGAGACAUCUCCCGCAGGAACAACAUACCAGAUCAGCAUUAACGCCACACAGCUCCAGAUUCGGGAUUAUAAUGUCAGCAACUUCAUCUUCCAAAACUACACCUGCACCUGCAGCAACCCGCUGGGCAGCCAGAGGAGGGCAGUUCAGUUACAAGGACCAUCCAUCUCAGAUUUCAGUUUGUUCCGUAAUCACAACGGGACCAUCAUCACGUUGACCUGGGAGGUCCCGCCUACCUCCGUUGUUACCGGGUUUGACAUCCAACUGAAAGGACCAGACCUUCCAGACAAACAUCGUAACAGCACCCAGAAUCGAGGCAGUGCAAACACUUUUCACACCAUCCAUCAGGAACCUGGCUCCAUCAGGAGUGUAGACUUUUUCCUCGAUCCCAGCUUGACAUACAGAUUUCGAGUCAUCCCCAAAGCUCUUAUGACGGAAGGAGAGCCAUCUGAGGUCCAGAGAACUGGUCCAGGGGAAGGGCUGAGUGGACCUGCCAUUGCGGGCAUCGCAGCUGGAAUCCCCUGCAGUCUGCUCUUCCUCGUCCUGCUGGGCUGCGCCAUCUACUUCUGUUUCUACUGGAAGAAGAACAAACGUCGGCAGACAAGAUAUCCAGUGUCUAGAGCAGUGGAGAAGGCAAUAACAACCCAUAAAGAAGUGACUCCUCACAACCUGCUGACUGGAGGACUGAAGUCUCCUCCUGACUACAACAAAUUAAACCUGAAUCCCUCUGAGAGAUCAAUGGCGCUCCCCACAUUCGUCCCUCCAGCUCCUGUCAGAGUUGCUACAACUGUCUGAUGUGUAUAUUAUUUUUGUACUAUAUUUUAUAUCUGAAAUGUUUUAUUGUAAGAUAUUUUAAUAACUUGUUUAACAUAAAUUACUAUCAGUCUUAUAUUUAUUUGUGGAUAUUUUAUCUGUAUAAUCUGCUAUUUUAAACUCACAUUAAUUUGUAAUUUAUUUAUUCCUAAUAAAUCUAAGUAUACGCCCUGUC